CUGUGUGUAUCACCGCGCGGGUCAAACCCGUACGUACUUCGGGUGUCCUUUUCUCAGUCAGUCGACCAGUGGAACGGAUACCGUUGUGUACUGUGCGACCUUUAGCGAUACGUGGUGUGCACACAGAACCGGGUGGACGGGGCUUUGCUUCCGGUUGAUUCGCACAGUGUGUUUGGGCAGCUUUGGUGCAAAGGGCGAUCCGGAUGCGAACGGGCGAUAGGACAGUAUUGUGAAUUCGAAAUCGCCAUUGCGCCAACGGUUCGCUGUUUCAGCACGCUGGCGAACAAAAGUCGGCAAGAAGUUCAAGUUCAAGCAGCGGACUCAAAGAACGCAGCGGACCGCGGAACGAAGCCCGAACCAUUUGUCCUUGUACGCUUUGACCAGACAGGCGGGCGACCGAGAGCGGGCGAUAAGGAUUGGGUAAAGUUGCCACGCGUAAAGUGCGCCGUGCGCUGGCAGAUGAUGACGAGAAGGUAGAGCCGCCGCCAGCAGUACACGGGUGAACGAGUUUUGCAAACUUUCUAUUCUUUGCUUUCCAGCGUAUUGUUCUGUGCGGUGUGUAUCGGUACGGCCAGCAAUUGGCCACCAUUUGUUGUGCUGUGAGUGAAACCUCUAACAUUGACGGUGAAAGUUGCUGCAAAGUGUAAAAGUUACAGCGCAACUUACCGAAAUCCAUUCGGCUGUAUCGAAUUCGGCGUGGCGCACGGUGGCUUUGUGUGUGCGUUGGUGUGUGUUGCGCGAGUUAAGUUUACGCGCUCUGCGGAAUUUGUGGUUUGUCGGAACAAAACUGUAAUCGGUGCGUGUAGUUAAGGUGUAUCCCGUGUCCCGUUUAUUGUGCAUUAACCUGCGACGAAGCAGCACGGUUUGAGUAGCAAGUUGCUGUAGAUGAGCAACGCCAGUGGAUAGUUCUAGUGGAUCAUAGAAAAAACUUAGCGCUCUCCGCCCGUGCCGAUGGAGAUCCGAGGGCUGCUGAUGGGUAGACUACGGUUAGGACGGCGGAUGGUUCCGCUGGGUCUGCUCGGCGUGACCGCGCUGCUACUAAUCCUGCCACCCUGGUCCGCGCUGGUGCAGGGCCGGCACCACGAGCUCAACAAUGGUGCCGCUAUCGGAUCGCAUCAGCUGUCGGCUGCCGCCGGUGUUGGCCUUUCCUCCCAGUCCGCCCAGUCCGGAUCGCUCGCAUCCGGUGUGAUGUCAUCCGUUGCUGCUGCCGGAGCGUCCUCCUCCUCCUCCUCGUCGUCGCUGCUGUCAUCGUCAGCCGAGGACGACGUGGCGCGCAUUACUCUCAGCAAGGACGCAGACGCAUUUUUUACACCAUAUAUAGGUCACGGUGAGUCCGUACGAAUUAUAGACGCCGAGUUGGGCACGCUCGAGCAUGUCCACAGUGGAGCAACGCCGCGGCGACGCGGUCUGACGAGGCGCGAGUCAAACUCGGACGCGAACGACAACGAUCCGCUGGUGGUCAACACGGAUAAGGGGCGCAUCCGCGGCAUUACGGUCGAUGCGCCCAGCGGCAAGAAGGUGGACGUGUGGCUCGGCAUUCCCUACGCCCAGCCGCCGGUCGGGCCGCUACGGUUCCGUCAUCCGCGGCCGGCCGAAAAGUGGACCGGCGUGCUGAACACGACCACACCGCCCAACAGCUGCGUGCAGAUCGUGGACACCGUGUUCGGCGACUUCCCGGGCGCGACCAUGUGGAACCCGAACACGCCCCUCUCCGAGGACUGUCUGUACAUUAACGUGGUGGCACCGCGGCCCCGGCCCAAGAAUGCGGCCGUCAUGCUGUGGAUCUUCGGCGGCGGCUUCUACUCCGGCACCGCCACCCUGGACGUGUACGACCACCGGGCGCUUGCGUCGGAGGAGAACGUGAUCGUGGUGUCGCUGCAGUACCGCGUGGCCAGCCUGGGCUUCCUGUUUCUCGGCACCCCGGAAGCGCCGGGCAAUGCGGGACUGUUCGAUCAGAACCUUGCGCUACGCUGGGUGCGGGACAACAUUCACCGGUUCGGUGGCGAUCCGUCGCGUGUGACACUGUUCGGCGAGAGUGCCGGCGCCGUCUCGGUGUCGCUGCAUCUGCUGUCCGCCCUUUCCCGCGAUCUGUUCCAGCGGGCCAUCCUGCAGAGCGGCUCGCCGACGGCACCGUGGGCAUUGGUAUCGCGCGAGGAAGCCACGCUAAGAGCACUGCGGUUGGCCGAAGCGGUCGGCUGCCCGCACGAACCGAGCAAGCUGAGCGAUGCGGUCGAGUGUCUGCGCGGCAAGGAUCCGCACGUGCUGGUCAACAACGAGUGGGGCACGCUCGGCAUUUGCGAGUUCCCGUUCGUGCCGGUGGUCGACGGUGCGUUCCUGGACGAGACGCCGCAGCGUUCGCUCGCCAGCGGGCGCUUCAAGAAGACGGAGAUCCUCACCGGCAGCAACACGGAGGAGGGCUACUACUUCAUCAUCUACUACCUGACCGAGCUGCUGCGCAAGGAGGAGGGCGUGACCGUGACGCGCGAGGAGUUCCUGCAGGCGGUGCGCGAGCUCAACCCGUACGUGAACGGGGCGGCCCGGCAGGCGAUCGUGUUCGAGUACACCGACUGGACCGAGCCGGACAACCCGAACAGCAACCGGGACGCGCUGGACAAGAUGGUGGGCGACUAUCACUUCACCUGCAACGUGAACGAGUUCGCGCAGCGGUACGCCGAGGAGGGCAACAACGUCUACAUGUAUCUGUACACGCACCGCAGCAAAGGCAACCCGUGGCCGCGCUGGACGGGCGUGAUGCACGGGGACGAGAUCAACUACGUGUUCGGCGAACCGCUCAACCCCACCCUCGGCUACACCGAGGACGAGAAAGACUUUAGCCGGAAGAUCAUGCGAUACUGGUCCAACUUUGCCAAAACCGGCAAUCCAAAUCCCAACACGGCCAGCAGCGAAUUCCCCGAGUGGCCCAAGCACACCGCCCACGGACGGCACUAUCUGGAGCUGGGCCUCAACACGUCCUUCGUCGGUCGGGGCCCACGGUUGAGGCAGUGUGCCUUCUGGAAGAAGUACCUUCCCCAGCUAGUUGCAGCUACCUCGAACCUACCAGGGCCAGCACCGCCCAGUGAACCGUGCGAAAGCAGCGCAUUUUUUUACCGACCUGAUCUGAUCGUGCUGCUGGUGUCGCUGCUUACGGCGACCGUCAGAUUCAUACAAUAAUUACUACCCCAUCCAUGGCCUAGUUCGUUUAAGCUUUAAGAUAGUGAGGAACAAAUUUUUCCUAACCAAUUUCCCCCCCUUUAGAGCAGUACCGAGGGAGAGAUAGGACUACAUAGCGAAAAGGGAAAACAAGUGGUGGCGGGCGAGGAGAGCAGAAGCAAAUCGAAUAAUCGAAGCAACAACAACAACAAAAGCUGCAACCGGGUUCACGAAACCAAGGGGGCAGCACAGUAGCAAACUACUACUUAAAUAACUACUUUCUUAUGGCAAAUUAUGGCAAGAUGGGUUCGAUCAGUAUCCAUCUGACCGGAGCAGCUGAACCGUUUCAUGGGCAGUUGCUGGAAUACACCACGACCCGUACACACAGUAACACACUUCUUAUAGCUUUACACUAAAAAACCACUCCCUCCCCCCCCCCCCCUUUUCCCCUUCCCCUCCACACAGACAGCAGCGCCGUUUGUAGCAGGAUCUACUACCGUGCGGUAUGUACUACCGUGUAACAACACUAAACACCACACAUCUACUAAAACACACCGGAACAAUAAACAAAUGUUAAACUUACUAUAUGAAUAUACAUCUAGACGCAUAUAUACGCAUGAACUACUACUUCCCUCGUGUUCUGACGAAACACAUUAAACCCCCGCCCCUCCCUUCCCCCGGUUUGCUUACCACCACUGCACCACCAGUAUGAAUUUGUUCCAUAAUAACGCUUCGUAACUCGUUACCAGGAGCAGAACCGGGUCGUUGGCGGAGUGCUGCGCGUUUCGUGCUGAAGAUGUAAACUAGCACCGCGCACACUUUCGACUCGCAACCACAGCUACACAUCACGAAAGCAACACCCUGGCCCUAUCCGUUUUCUCAUUCGUAAAACUUCUUUCCUUACACCAAAACCAACGCAAAAUAGCAAAAGGUACUAGAGUAACCGGUGCAGUACACACUGUGCUACAAUUGAGCGCAGGGAGGAGGUAUUAUUUCUGCAAAAGGUAUAAAACAAAACUAAGAAAAAACUAAUUACUUGCAAUCCAUUCUAAAGCUCGAAAACUCCUCAAAAUAAGAACGGGAAGUAAACAAAAAAAUCAGAACGAACAAAUUUACCAAAAAAAUAAGAAAACAAAAACAAAACAAAAAAGCCUACUAACCUUACUAAUCCCAUUGGAUUGUGGCGAACCCGUUGGAGCAAAAGCGUAAGAUAAAGAUAAGGAAGUUAAAAGCAAAACUGAAAUCAAAAACACAUACACACAAACUAAAUACACCUAAGCGAAACACCUGCAACAACAGCAAGAACAACACGAAAAAAAGAACCCACAAAUACUAUCAACAAUCAAUUAGAUGUAACUAAAGAAACUAGAAGAGAGAGAGAGAGGGAAAAAGUAAACAUUUAGACCGAGGCCGAGGCGCAAAAGCAAAAUUGCGAAGCACACAAAAACAUAAACAAAAAAAAACAGAUUAGGUUACAAAAGAAAACAAAAACUGUCGAGCAAAGCGUCGCGCGAGUACAUUUUCUACUUUCACGUUCUUCACACCGCUGAUGGAAGCAAACAAAUGAACGAAAUGCGUAAGGGAAUAGACAAGUGGUGGGCGAAUGUUUAGAGUUCCCUUUAGCUCUCUACACUGCUGCAGCAGGAGAGCAAGUUUUCAAACAUACAUUUUCCCUGCUGCAAACGGGAAGGACUGUCGUAACAGCGUCGUCCGUCUAUAAUAGACCGGGGACACGUGCGGGCUGUCCUGAGCAUCGCACAUGCAGGCGAACAAAACACACAAAAGCAAGGCCCCGCGCUAGUAAGGCAGAGUCAUAGUUAUAGUGUUUAAAUUCCAAGUUAAAUAUAGAUACCAAACCUAGCGACACGGCGACGAAAAGGGCAAAAGGCAGCAACCGAAAGCGGCGAGUCGAACGGGGAAUGAGUUAUAAAAUAAAACUUGCAAAAAAAAUAAUAAAACCGAAAACAUAUCAUAUCUUGUAAUGCUGUUGCAAUCUAAUGGUAAAAAUCGAAUAGUUUUAAGCUACGCUGGAAUGGAAACACGGGCACAGAGAAGCGGUGGCAAGGCACGCACGCAGAUUGGCUUGUGGUCCGGUGGCGCGGACAUUCAGGCCCUGGCCAAACUAAAUCACAAACAGUAAAAAGUAUAACAGCUAGAAUCACCCAAGUGAGGUUAAGGCAAAACGAGACGAGUACGAAACUUCAGACACUUUUUUCAAAAAUUCACACACACAACACAGCAGCAGUAUGAGCAGUAUCACUUGCACCGAACAACUCAAAGACGUGAAAUGCGAAACGACGACAGUGAAGAGAAUAAGUAAAACAACAAAAAAUUAACAAACAACUCCAAAUACAAAACCCUCGUUUUAUUCACACGCAAUUGCUCUGGAAAAUGAUAUUAGGACCUCACUUCGAAACAGAAAAAAAGGACAGGAAAAUCAACUCCAUUUGGCCAACAGCGCACUCUUAACGCCAGCUAACCAGGCCGCAACACGCAAGCCUCCUCCAUCUAACAACCACGCGCAUAAGUGCAAGCAGACAUAACGAAAGCCAAAUGUAGCCCAGACCGGGAAGGGCUUAAUAAAACUCGCCACACUUUGGGAUGGGUUGGUCACCCGGAUGGGCAACACACACACAAUAACAAUCGAUUGUCUACUGUGGCAAGCUAAUCAAACCAGUUCAAACAUGACUGUGCUUUUCGAGGGAGGAGAUUCGGCGAAGGACUGCAUUUAGAUGUACGAUUUUCUUUGCAACAAUUGCACACGAGGACACUUUUCCGUAGCAGCAAUAGAGCUGAUUUGGUGAAUGGAUGCCGUGAUGGUGCGGUGAAAAGCAUGUUCAGCCUCUAGCGGGUUUCCAACCCUCAAAAAUGCAUUGUGCGUGUUGUUGCUGUAGCGGCCUGUAGCGCGCGCCAAUUGAUGUGAAUACAAUGAUACACACACACAAAACGGCACCGUUACCGCUGUUCAAUUAUGUAGUCUUAUAUAUAAUAUAUAUACAUAUAUAAUAUAUAUACAAAAUAUAUAAGCAUGAAAUGGUUGGGGGCAAGUGUCGGCAAAGCGAUGCUAAGGAGGUCAAAGAGCAAGAAGAGAGUAGCGGCGAAUCAGCAGACGCCACCGCAGACAACAAUUAUUAUAGGAAAGUAAAACGGUACAUAAAACAACAACAAAAAAACAACUAAA